CUUUCAUUAUUAUCAUCAUCCUCGUCGUUAUAUGUAAACACAUACGCAUAUACACAUAUAUAUAUAGUCACCCUCCCUCUCAUCUCAUCUCACCUCACCUCACCUCACCUCACCUCACAAGGAAGCAGCUUCUCGUCCCCGAAAGUACUUGUCCAUCAUGGCCGCCGCCGCCGCCUCGUCACUACUCCUAGCGCUGCUGCUCUCUUUGGCGACGGCUCAAGCCUGGGAAGCGCUCCCUCUCCAAAAGCGCGCCUUCUACUCCCCGUCCUUCUCCAUGGCCCCCGGAUCCGUCGCCUUCGACUACUUCUACGACGUCGAGUUCCCCAGGGGCCACCUCGCCCUCAAGAGCUUCCGCGCCGACGUCGUCGACGCCGACGACAACGUCAUCCCUUACCACGAGGUCUACCUCCACCACUCCUACAUCGUCCGCUACUACCAGGCCCGCAACUACUCCAUCCCGCCGGUCCUCGACAUCGAGACCUUACCCUACGGCGACGGCUUCAUCUACCGCCGCAACCACGGCAUCUGCCAGGGCGACCUCCUCGGACAGUACUUCGGCCUCGGCACCGAGAUGCAGAGCACCCCAACCGCCGUCCCCGACCCCUACGGGAUCGAGAUCGGGAACCCCGCCCCCAUCCCCCACGGGUUCGACGAGAAGUGGCUCCUCGUCGUCCACGCCAUCGACACCCGCGGGGCCGUCGACAGGUUCGGGUGCGCCGAGUGUCGGAGGGAUUUGUACAACGUGACGGUGGAUCAGUUCGGGGAGCCGUUGAAGGACGAUUAUUACGGAGGGUUGUCGUGCUGUUACGCUCACACGCAGUGUAAAGUGAGGGAGGACUACGAGGGGACCACCAGGAGCCUACGGAUGCGGUACACGCUGACGUGGACCGAGUGGGUCCCGUCGAUCAUCCCCGUCAGGGUCUACAUCUUCGACGUCACGGAUGAUAUGAAGUUGGUGGUCAAUCCUUCUUCCGGCGCCGUCGCAGCGAAGCACGACUGCUUGAUUGAGUAUAUGGUGGAGAGCUGCCACGUGGAUGGGAAUGGAGAGAAGGGGUGUGCGGACUUCAAGAAAUCGAUCGUGGCGAUGCCCAAGGGUGGAAACGUGAUCUUUGGUCUCACUCACUUGCACUCCGGAGCAAUAAAUUCCACGUUAUAUGGACAGGACGGGAGGGUUUUGUGCACGACGAAGCCGAUUUACGGAGAAGGGAUGGAGGAAGGGUACAUCGUGGGAAUGUCGACGUGCUACCCGGAGCCCGGCUCCGUUUGGAUCGACGACGGGGAAUUAAUGGUACACGAAUCCGUCUACACCGCGGAACGGCGUCGUACAGGUGUCAUGGCACUGUUCUACCUCCUCGUCGCCGACAGGGUGGCGGAUACCCCGGCGGCGCCGGCUGGUUUUAAUGACAACUACUUCAUGGGCGUUCGUUCUAUGCUGGCGGAGAAGCUCGCCGGCGGCGGCGGGGGAGCGGUGAGGUCUGGAGACGGUGGUGCGAGCGGAGCCUUUGUGGGAGUUGGACUGGUUCUGCUGGGAGCUGUCGCUACUGCUCUUCUUCUGAGGGUCAAGAGGAGCUAAGGUCAAGAAUCAAGAUCAAGAUCAUUUCAUUCCAAUACCGAUGGCGAUGGAGAUAAGAUAUAAACGCCGGUUGUUAUUAUCAUAUAUAUGUACGGUGGUGCAAGUUAACGGCGGCCGGUUUGGUUCGUCAAUUUCUUGCUCCAGUUGUUGUCUUUAUUAUGAAAUGCGUGGUUGGACCAUUUAGUGGUGGGUCUGAGUCUGGGUCUGUCGGUCUGGUUACUAGAUAUGGUAUGGGCCAGGCCGGCAGGCUCAUCGGUCAUCACUCAUAUGCAUAUGUUUUGAGAAAUCGAAUAGAAUAAAAAGAUCUGUCUUUGGUUGGUACGCUGCUGCUGCUGCUGUUGUGUGAACCGCAAACUUUUUACAUUUAUUGUAUUCUUAUUGUAUGGUACUUUCAUUAGACUAAAUUUCCUUAACAUC